AUGGUUUUCACUGGUUUAAUUGAGGCUGUAGGCAAAGUACAAAGAAUUGAGCAGAUGGAUGAAUCUGAGAAUGGUGGCUGGAGUGUUUUACUCAGCACCACGCACGAUUUACUCAGUGACUGCCACAACGGUGACAGUAUCGCUAUAAAUGGCACCUGCCUUACCGUUGUAAGCUUCGAAUCCACUUGCUUCAAAGUCGGUUUAGCCCCGGAAACUUUACAGCGCACGAACCUUGGCGAGCUGAGAGUUGGCGAUGAGGUGAACCUCGAAAGGGCAAUGCAAGUCGGGACUAGACUGGGUGGUCAUAUUGUUCAGGGCCACGUCGAUACCACUACGCGCAUUAUGCAGGUCGAUAGCGAUGGCGCGUCGUUGCGCUACAAGAUGGAAAUUCCACCGAAGCAACACGGUAAAGAUAACAUUGCACCUUAUAUCAUUCCUAAAGGUUAUAUCACUAUAGAUGGUGCUUCUCUCACCGUCACACACGUCGAUACUCGCGAAAAGAGCUUCGGAGUGAUGCUCAUACCCUACACACAAUCUCAAAUUACCCUCUCUGCCAAGAAGCCAGGCAAUACCGUCAACCUUGAAGUCGAUAUGGUUGGCAAGUACGUAGAAAAUGCAGUCGAAGCUCUCUUCGAAGAGGCUGAGAACGUUGAUGGAGAGGGCAAGAGCACGCCACAGGGAAAGCGAAUCGCAUUGGAAGGCUUUGUUGAGCGUGCCGUCGAGCGUGUACUUGAAAAAAAAGGUAUUAUUGGAAAGGCUGCCCAGAUAUUAGGCAGAUGA